UGUCGACCCUCGAAAAACACAUGCUGAAAGAGCUGUUGCUCGUCUGCAGCGCGCUCGGAAGUGCCGAGACGUCGGAGCACGGCGGUGGCGAUGGGGAACCAGCCGUUCAACAGCAGCGGUUUGUGCGCGGAGAGAACUGUUUAGAGUGGCUACAGGAUCUCCAGAGGGCGCUGCGGAGAGAUGAUGAAAACACAAGAGAGAUCUGCAUCACCCUCUCGUCAUGGCGCGUGGUGCAACACAAGCUGGUUCCCCUUCUCCUGGAGUGUAGAGACGACGCCGUGCUUGUCAAUACCCUCUUCAAGAUCUACGUCAUGCUCACGAUGCCGCUGUCCAAGCAGUCGGAAGAGGCUCUGUCAAAGCCUAUCAACCCCAAGGCGCAGGGUGAUGUUCGGGACCAGCAGAUGCGCCGGAGAAAGAACGCCAUGUCCCAGCAGGCCGCUCUGCACGCGUUCAAGCGUGCUUUCAUCUCGAAGGACGUCCUUUCGGUCGUCGUGGGAAUGCUCGAGGAACCGCUCAGCCACACUGGAGUGGCUCGUACGGACGCGGACAACUUUUCUAUCGAGUUGUGCCUUACGCUGCUGAGAAACGUUCUCAACAUACAAGACCCGACUCCCUGUAUGGCCACAUCGCUGGGUGACCACUACACCCAGAUGCACGAGCAGCUCGUGGCCCUGUUCAAGGACGCUCUGCUGUUAGACAUCCUGCUGCUCUUGGCACAGGACGUUCACGCGAGAGAGAACGCCAAGCUCAACCUCCUCCUCGUCGAGAUUUUCCACUUCAUCAUCCGGGACCAGGAGCCCGGAGCAAUUAUCGCAGUUCACCGAUUGCAGGCGCAGAGAGAGGCUUCGAAGGGAUCCGCUGGUUUGCCUUCGCCAGCUCGACAGAGCGGGGGCUCGCUCAUGAGCGUUCUGGCGAAGGAGAAAACUAAGAGGGGGCUUGGCGCUGGGCAGAUGCACAGCCACAAAGCAAUACUCGCCCGCGAAGCCUUGUACGAGUUCUGCUGCUCGUUCCUCAAGACGGCGUAUGACCCCUUCAUGCGAAGCAUCAAGAACGAGUUUCGCAUCGACUCGUCUCGGUUGCAACCCGAGGACAAAGGAAUGAUGUUCCGGCUCAUGGCUUUCUUCAUGAGCUUUCACCACCAGCUCCACCAAGCUGCGGUAAGGGAUGCUGCUGAAGCGGGGCAAAAAGGUGUCGACCUACCCAAGUUUGAGCUGGGGCACGUCCUGGAGACGAUGGACCUCAUGUCCUUCAACUUGGUACUGCGAGAGAUUGAGACGUCCAUUACGGAGAAGAGCACAACGAGGCUUGCAGGGUGCGUGGCCGUGCUCAAGGAGAUGAUGCAUAUCGUGACGAUGCUCAACGAGUCUUCCGAGAAGGCGCACCAGCUGGUGGCGCUGGGUCUCCUGGCCAGAAUAUUCUACGCGUCGGAACCCCUCGACAAGCUCCACGACAUCGUGCGCAACUGGCAGCCUGGCAAGUACACCAAGAGCUUCCUCUGCCAUGUGGUGGAGCUUGUCCACACCACGCUCAAGACUCUGGAGUGGUACAAGAAAGAUAACCACACACACAUCGGGGGCGUCGACGUUAGCUCGACGGAUGGGCAAGACGCGAAAGGGACUGUCGACAAGGCUGUCAAGGACCGCGUCGACUCUGCGAAGAAGUUUGAAUUUGGGCGCUACUUCCGGAGGCUUGCGACCAACUCCAACCUGCUGGAGCACUACGCGACCAACAGCGCCCGGACGAAUCACUACAUCCUGUCCUUCAUGAUGCGUCUGUCAAACUUCACGGGAGACGCCCCGAAGAAGCGACGAGGGGAGACCACCGAACAGGGCAGUGGUCAAGCCAGCGACAGAGUCACCUGCGAGCCUAUGCUGUACAACGUCUACACUCUUGGAGUGUUCCAGAAGGUGUUGGACGAUCCUUUCACCCGCAAGUCUUCCUUCAAGCACCUCGUGCACUUCAUCCUGUCUGUCGUACGGCAUUUCGGCAUUCUGGCGCAGAAAAAUCACUUGGUCUUCGUGGAGGCUUUCUUCCAACACCCCCAACCCCAUUCCUUCUGCGAGAGUUUGGUCAACGUCUACCAUACCGCUAGCUCCGCCCAUCCCGAGGACCAACAAUUGAGGAAGAAACGGACCACAACUAAAUCGGGGGAUAUGGACGAAGAGAGCGGAAGCGAGGGCGAGGACUAUCAACCCGUCACAGGCCAAGCGGCAGAGGGAGAAGUUGGGGGGGGCGACGACGAUCUGCCUGGAGUCGCCGAGGACGAGGAGGAAUGGGACGAGAAUGCCCCGGACGUGGCCAACGAAGAGGCGGAGGCGGAUGGAGAUGGCGAAGGAGCGGUUUCCGGCAGGGAGAGGGGGAAGAGAGACAAAGCAGGUCGGCGCCGUCGGGGGGACAAGAAAGACGCGAAAAAGGUUGCAGCUGGGACUGCCAAGAAGCGGGCACCGCGCUGGUCGAAAAAGGAGGACGCCUUCCUGCGCGAGCAGUACCCUCUGUACGCCGGCUCCACCAGCGCGUUCGCGGUGCUCAGUGCGGCUGACGACAUGGAGGUGAAGCAACGUACAGAAGAGCAAAUAAAGGCUAGGGUGAAAAAGCUCGGUUUGUCGGCGGCAAGCGCAGCUUCACCAGGAGAAAGCGGCGGCGAGAAUGCGGACGAGCCUCUCGAGACACCAGGCACCGAGAACCGGGCGUCGAGUGGCGAGGAGGAGAACGCGAUGGACGAUGUUGGGGCGGACAAGCCGAUGCACAUUCGAAGACUCGAGCGCAAGAACAAGACGGAAAGCGACGACGGUUCGGAGGGUCUCUUCAGCUCUACGGAGGUGUGGGUGUCUGGGUAG